AGAAAUUGAAGGGAGAAUUACUUGUUUUGCCCUUUUCCUUCGGUGUGUUUCGAAAAAGAGAAAAGAAAAGAAAAAGAAGAACACAAACAACAACCGAACCCAACAACAACAAACAGAUAAAAAGGAGAGUUUUCAGCUCUCAGCUUCUUUCAGGUCACCUCACUCCCUUCUCUUCCCUCCUUUCUCCGCCGAUCACCGAUCACUCUCUCUCUCUCUCUCUCCGAUACAAACUCAUAACAACUACAAAACAUCUUAAACUCACACCAAAAACCCUAUCUUUACUACAACACCCUUCACUUUCUUGGAUCUGCAGAUCUAACGUUGUUCCAUCAAUCAAGUACCCUUUUGCCCCUUUGACUGAAAUUCAACCUUGUAUUUAUCCAAUUUUCAUGUUUGAUUUGGGACUUCAAGAUAGGUGCUUGUGUUUACAAAUAACAAUAGGUGUGAAGUUGUGUGAAGAAACUGGAUUACUGUCAUUUUUUGCAUCCAACUUUUUGGAUGUGAAGAAGAACCUGGUGGGUGUUUUGGUUUGAAAUGAGGGAUGCUAUCAAAAUUUAUGGACUUUCUGGUUGCCUGCUGGCGGCGACGAUCAUCACCGGAUCGAAAGGGCUCCGAUGUCUCCGGCGGGCGGAAGGAGGGUUUGCUGUGGUACAAGGAUUGCGGGCAGCAUCUGUUUGGUGAAUUCUCUAUGGCUGUGGUUCAGGCCAACAACUUGCUUGAGGAUCAGAGCCAGAUUGAGUCUGGUCCCUUAAGCUUGCUUGACACUGGCCCUUAUGGUACCUUUGUUGGUGUUUACGAUGGUCACGGCGGUCCUGAGACAUCACGUUACAUUUGUGAUAACCUAUUCCAGCAUCUAAAAAGAUUUGCAUCUGAGCAUAAGUCUAUGUCUGUGGAGGUCAUUCGGAAGGCGUACCAAGCUACAGAAGAGGGUUUUCUGUCAGUGGUCACUAAACAGUGGCCUAUGAAUCCUCAAAUUGCUGCUGUGGGAUCAUGUUGUUUGGUUGGUGUGAUUUGUGGUGAUUCUCUCUACGUUGCUAACCUUGGGGAUUCCCGUGUUGUGCUCGGGAGGGUUGUCAGGGCAACUGGGGAGGUUCUGGCAAUCCAGCUGUCAUCGGAGCAUAACGUGAGUAUAGAAUCUGUGAGACAAGAGAUGCAUUCUUUGCAUCCGGAUGACUCGAAAAUUGUGGUUUUGAAGCAUAACGUAUGGCGAGUGAAGGGCCUGAUACAGGUCUCAAGAUCCAUUGGUGAUGUGUACCUUAAAAAGGCAGAAUUUAACAAGGAACCUUUGUAUGCUAAGUUUCGACUUCGGGAAACUUUCAAAAGACCAAUUUUGAGCUCUGAACCAUCAAUUUCUGUUCAUGAACUUCAAGAGCAUGAUCAAUUUCUCAUAUUUGCUUCUGAUGGUCUUUGGGAACACCUAAGUAAUCAGGAUGCUGUUGAUAUAGUUCAAAAUCAUCCACACAACGGAAUUGCUCGGAGGCUCAUCAAAGUUGCUCUUCAGGAAGCCGCAAAGAAACGAGAGAUGAGGUAUUCCGACCUGAAGAAAAUAGACCGUGGCGUUCGGCGGCAUUUCCACGAUGAUAUCACAGUUGUAGUUGUAUUUCUUGACUCCAAUCUUGUCAGCCGAGCCAGCUCGGUACGGGGUCCUCCGAUAUCUGUGAGGGGCGGGGGCGUUCCCCUACCUUCUAGAACCUUGGCUCCAUGCGCCGAACUCGGUUCUAGCUGAUGAAGGCGGCGGCGGCAGCAGUAUCAUCCUGUUAUUUAUGUUUGUAUGUAGUGUUUGUACCCUUUUAGCAAGACAUUGAGCUUCUGGUGAACCACCAGGUUGUAUAUUCAAUUUAACAAAGUUUGAGAAGAUAAAAAAAAGAUAACAUUUGGUCAAUUAAUGCAAUGUAACAAGUAACCUGGGAUAUGUUAGCUUAAUGCCUGAGGGAGAAAAAGCAUCUUUGGAAAUAGAACACCAAACCCAAAAGGUGACAUUGGAUAUUUGAUCAUUCAGUCAUAAUCUUUUCUCAUCAUUCUAUGGAGUGAUGUUCUGUAAA